UAAUGUCAUUGUCAUCUCUUUUAAAAGUACGCCGUGGUUGUGUGUUAGGCUCCGUACACGCUGUCUGCUCCAUAAAACGUGUCGUCGCGUCGGUAUCCGGAGAGUUAUUCAGCCUCGCUGCUCGCAGGCGAGUCAGCUCUCCGCUAACGGCAGACGUGCUAACGUGCUAACGUGCUAAGCGCUCGGCGUUGCGCAUUCAAAAUGACACUUGGCUCUUUUAACACGCCGCGAAACUGCCUGUCGAGUUCGGGCAGCGGCUCUGUUAUUCAACAUCUGGGUCAUACAUGUGAAUGUGUCGCAAAGCCUGACGGAGAUUCUUUGUCUUUUGCUCUCUCUUUGCCCUGCGUUUACAUGGAGGAGACCUCCGUUUAAGUUUAUCGCCGUCGUGACCCGCCUUUGCAGAGCGCUGAUUGGACGGCUGGCGCGUCCGUCAUUAAGAGCAGGCCGCUGAUUGGUGGCUAACCAGGAUGACAACGCCAGUUUUGUUGCUUUAUCCCCCCUCCUCCUCCUCUGCCUGCCUUCAACAUGGCCUUCCGUAGCUUCGGUUGUAACUUGGCUAAUAUUAGCUCUACGUUGUUUAUCGGGGUGUUAAUUAACAGAGCGUUUAUCCACAUGUUUAAUUAAAUUAAUUCACUGCGCUCGACGUCGUUAGCAACGGUGCUGUAAGCCUGACUGAGUCUCUUGUUUGGUUUCGAUAGAAAAUGGAUGGCGUUGCCUCAGCUGUCGUCCUUGGUUAGAAGAUUAGUCACUGCUGGACUAAUCACUUUUCACGGUGAUGGACCCUCCUGGUGGGGGAGACGAACGGCGGAGGCAGGCAGAGCGUCUUCGACGGGAGGAGGCGUACUAUCACUUCAUUAAUGAACUGAGCGAAGAGGAGUAUCGUCUGAUGAGAGACAGCAACCUGCUCGGCACUCCUGGGGAGGUGACGGCUGAGGAGCUCCGGCAGCGUCUCGACGGAGCGAAGGAGCGCAUGUCAACUCAGCCCCGCGCUGAGCAGCGCUUGCAGACUGCUGAUUCUGGAGAACAGCAGGGCAGCAGCGGUGAGGGAGAGGAGAGAGGGGCUGGAGGGAGACGAGGGGCAGGGGGCACAGAGCCUGGAGCAGAAACUUCUAAUGGUGACUCAUUACUGGAGUGGCUUAACACUUUCAGACGUACUGGCAAUGCCACUCGCAGUGGGCAGAGUGGCAACCAGACAUGGCGCGCUGUCAGCCGGACCAACCCCAACAGUGGAGAAUUUCGCUUUAGUCUCGAAAUCAACAUCAACCACGAUCAGCCAGAGCCGGGGGAGCACAAUGACACUGCGGACACUGCAGAGCUGCCAGUGACUGCCCCAAACACGACUUCAUCCUCCAUACGCACCGCGUCCUCUUUCUCCAACCCCCGCCCUUCAACCACGCCAAGGCCUGCCCCGUACCCAACCCCCCGCCCGGCACUCAGUCGGAGGACGCAGACGCGGCGUACGCGCAGCAGCACUACAACUCUUUCUAUGAGCCCACCUGCACUUCCCGCACCGGUGGCCGCCCCAGCUGCUGCUCAGCGGAGAGGUGCCACUUUGCACUCUUUAGCACCUCCUCCGACUCUUCCCAACCCUCCUCUGGAUCAAACUACACCUUUGCAACAACAAGCCCUGAAUGCAGAAGUAGAGCAGGGCAGUGAUCAUAUGUCUGCUUCUAUAGACUGUCCUCGUGUGUCACCCCAGUCUGUAUCUCAGGCCCCAUCAGUGGGACAUGAAUUACGGGGCAGUAGGACUCGAUCACGUGGUCGUGCACGCAGGGCUGCGGCUGGGGGUGGGGGUGGGGUUUCAUCCCGUUUGUCAAGGCGAAGCCGUUCCCCCUUGCACAGAAUACCUGUGGCCAGUGCCACUACGCCAUCAAGCAGUGGUGCCGGUGGCUCUAGCAUUCACACUGUUGAGCCAGGCAGUGGCACAAGCUCCGUUUCCAUGGAAACAAGAGAGGCUGUGGCAGAACCUGUAGCUGUAACAGAGCCAGCCGUAGAGACAGGAGAGCGCGAGAGUGAAUCCCACGUAAUAGGAUCAGGAAGUUCAGCGGUGCGACGGCACCCAACCAUCAUGUUGGACCUACAGGUGAGAAGGAUUCGACCUGGGGAAAACCGCGAUCGGGACAGCAUCGCCAGUAGAACGCGUUCUCGUGCCCGCGUCGCCGAGAAUACCGUCACAUUUGAAAGUGACAGCGGUGGAUUUAGACGCACCAUUUCCCGCUCUGAGCGAGCCGGGAUCCGCACCUAUGUGAGCACUAUCCGGAUUCCACUGAGACGCAUUAGUGAGACGGGCCUGGGGGAGCCAAACUCCACCGCCCUGCGCUCCAUCUUGCGGCAGAUCAUGACUGGGUUUGGGGAGCUGAGCUCCCUAAUGGAGACAGAGGCUGAUUCUGAAACUGUUGCACCUAGCCACACAGAUGCUAGUGGUACAAAUAGUAAUACCAGCCCAACCAGUCGCCUGCAUACAAACGAAAGUGCAGCCAGCCAGGUUGGUACAGGUGUGGCCGACCAGGAGAGGGUGGGACUGGUGGGAAGUGAAGAGGACCAGGGUGGACAAGCCAGGCUCGGAGGAGGUGUAGUGAGCACCACAGAGGGACGGGCCACCAGCAGAGACACCAACAACCUGGUAGAAAAUGGCACUCUACCUAUUCUGCGGCUGGCACACUUCUUCUUGCUCAAUGAUGAGGAGGAUGAUGAACACCCUAGGGGCCUGACUAAAGAGCAGAUUGACAAUCUAUCCACACGUACCUAUGGUCAGGCCAGCCUGGAGGGGGAGAUGGGUCGCGCAUGCAGCGUCUGCAUCAACGAGUACGCCCAGGGCAACAAGCUACGUCGCCUGCCCUGCUCCCACGAAUUCCACAUCCACUGCAUCGACCGCUGGCUCUCUGAAAACAACACCUGCCCCAUCUGCAGGCAGCCCAUACUCACGGUGCAUCAUGACUGACCUAUUUGCUCACAAAACACAACUAUCAUGCUCCUGGCUGGCUGAACUGAGCAGAUCCAAGUGGGCUUUGCAUGUACAUAGCGCUUUCAUGGUUAAAAUUUCUUUGAGAAUAUCCAUUGUGUUGAAGUUGAAGAAGGUUGAACCAAAAGUACGGGGGAAAAAAAAAAAAGAAAACUAUAAAUGCAGAGAAUUAACAAAACUUUAUUUUUUUAGACUCUUUCUUUUCAGCAACUUCUUGUUUUAUUUUCCUCCUGUGAUCCGUUUCACCGGUCUCUGUCACAAAGCUUCAGAGCCCCAUGUUAAUGGAUGGCAUUAAUGCUUACGGAGCUCCUGUAGCCGCUGCUGACUCUAGUCUCACUUUUAGCUCUAGUGUCUGAUACAUGUGACGUCUCUUUGUCACAACUGGACUACACAGAUCACUUCUAGGCUUGAUUUAUUCGGUAUAAGCUGUAAAUAACUCACCACUGCUUAUAUUUAAGGGUUUUGAAACAGCAAGACGCUCCUCACAUGUCACACGUUUAGAAUGAAAGCAGGAAACCUUCAAUCUCCUUCUUUUUUUUUUUUUUUUUACAUUCACCAUUUUAAAGCUUCAACAUCCAUUUUAAAGUGUCCCUUUAAAGUUGGUUAAGAAAUGUAUGAUUUAUUGGGGAUAUGUAUGAGCUAUGUAUUUAAGUUUGAAUUGAGUUUUAUUCUGUACGUCUAGUAGUAUUUGUUUGUUUAAGCCCUCUGCAUACAUUUGUCCCAUGUUAUUGAAAUACAGAAUUCAUCCAUAAAAUUCACCCACCUUUUGAAAACAUGACAUUACCCACAGCAGCACAAUUUAAAUGAAAUCCAGAAGGCAUGUGAUAAUCAGGAAUACAGAGUUGUAAUUAAGUAUGAGUUGUGCAAUAUGGGGAGAAAAGACAGUAUUGUUUGUUUUGCUGUUCAUUGUUGUUUACAUUGUAAUGCCUGAUUAUCAUCUCCACUUAAAAAAAAAAAAGUCUUGUUUACCCUGAAAUCAUUGUUUCCUGUUGCUGUUUUGGAUCCGUACCUGACAGACCCGCCCAUGCCCCAGGAUCUGUGUCAUGAAGUCACAUUCAGUAGUUAGCCUGAUACAUCUGCUCAGCAAAAACCUGGAAUUAAAAAUAAAAAAAUAAAAAGACAUACAGAGAUUUUAAAGUUGUCCAGCUAACUCUUCACACGAUAUGACAAUUUGAAACUACAGCUUCUGCUAAUGAGAAUCUGCAACACAUCUCUUUCUAAUUGGGUCUGUCACAAUGCAAUGUUUGCAGUCUGUUUCAGUUCAAGUACCAGUGUAACACCUGAAUGAGGCAGUGUUAGUAAUAUGAUAUUCCUGUAUGCUUUUUAUAGUUUUAACAUUACACGCACAGAUAUUGGCCAUUCCUAGUGUAGCAUAGGUGGAUUAUUUAGCCACCUAGUCAAGUGUGUUGCCGCCAGGGUCACUUUGUGCAUCGACAACAGUUCACAGGAGCUACAACACCUCUGCAGUUAACAUGUCGCUAAUAAACUGCAGGAAAGAUGCAGUAUAAUAUGUCAAUGUGUGCGAGUGUGGGGUAAGUGUGUAUGGUUGAAUUGUGUGUGUGUGUGUGUGUGGUUGAAUUGUGUGUGUGUGUGGGGUGGGGGGUGCUUGAAGGAAUGGUCCCAGUAAACCUUUCUCAGAAAGCUUCUGUUCAGCUAGUGUCCACUCCACCUCCGGGAGUUAGAGAAGGCUGUGGCCACUUGGUUUAAGAAGUGAAUAUUUAUUCUGUUCCUAUUUAAUAAGAUGGAAAUCAACUUUUGAAAUAUGUAUUAUGUUACAAUGUGAUGAGAGUAAAUGAAACCGUUAAGAUAAAUAUGUUACUAUGUAAUAAAAUGAAGACAUGGGUUUUCUUCUCUGCUCCUUAACAAUGGAAUAAAAUGCAGCUUUGUUAUGCCUGGA